AUGACAGAAAAUAAUACGAUCAGCAACAUUCUGAAGAUGGAAUUAGAUACGGAAAAACGAAAAAAUCAAAGUUUGAGGGUUGAGAAUGAGGAGUUGAAAAAGAAAAUUGCAAAGUCUGAACGCGUAAUAAAAACCAUUCAAAACCAAGUGAGUUCUUAUUUUUCUAUCUUUUUGUAUUGACAAGUUAUAGGGCCCGAAAGAAACCAAAGUCUAUAUUAGCAUUUUUUUUUUCAUCUCAUUGAAACGACAUAUGGAAAAACCUUGUGCAAAAAGAGCAAAGUUAGCUCGUGUUUUUUAGAUUUUUAACGUUUUUUGUCCUUAAUAUCCUAAUAAGGCCUAAUUUCUUAUAAAUUAUUGGAAUACUUUCAACCCUAUUCUGGAAACCUAUUUCAUGUAUGUUUUCAGAAGGAAGAAGUGAUAAAUGGUUAUCAAACACGAAACAAAAUGUUGCAAGAUGAUCUCAAAGAACAAUUGAACGAAGUUCUGAAAAUGGAAACGAUUUCAUGUGAAAAAGAUUUAGUGAUUGAUAAUUUGACGAGAGAAGCUGGAAAAUUGAAGAGUCGUGUCCAAGUAAGUUAAAAUUUGGCGGCAUUUCAUUAUUAUGGGAUAAUUAAAUUUUAUAUUAAAAAUUAUAUCAUUCGAUAGACACAGGAAUUUGCAGAUCAGCUUAUUCUCAGAAAUUUUUUUGUACCGGGACAGAAUUUUUUACAUGAAUUUAUAAAGCGAAGGAAUUUCAACGGAUUUGGGCGGAGCCUAAUUUAUAACCUAAUAUGCAUGCAUGCAGUACAGAAAAUAGGGAGGAAACAGAGAAACAUACAAAAAACAGUGUGCAGGCAGUGAAUAAAGGUGGUCCACCUAUUUUCGUUGAAAUUCCUUCGCUCGUUAAGUUUUCCUAAUUUUUUAAGCACAUUGUUCGAGUACUGUCUAUAUUUUGUGCAGGUGAUGACAUCACGGCAUGCACAAAAUAUAGACAGUACUCGAACAAUGUGCUUAAAAAAUUUUGUCCCGGUACAAAAAAUUUUCUGAGUUAUUAGUAUAUUAUUGAUUUAUUUUGAAUUUAGUAUACCUAUUAUAGACUAAUUUUUUAUAACAUUUCGCUGUUUCAAGAAUUUAAAAAAUUAAAAUUUUGUUGAUUUUGGUCAAUUCCUCAGCUAGGUUUAGUGGAAAUUUUCCAGAAUUCAAAUAUUUCUUUUUUUUUCACAUCAACUACAAAAAUAAAUCCUAAAUAGCUUUCCGUUUUUGAAAAAACUAGCAAAUUCACCAAGAAAAUUUCGUAUUUGAGGCAUACCACGCCCAGGGUGAGGCAUUUGCACGGUGCCAAUAAAAAAAUUCGUAAAUUCACCUCGCCAAUUUGAGAUUUUCUUGAAAAACAGCAAAUUUUUGCUUGUUUUUCCGUUAAAAAGUGAUAUUUUUCAGUCGAAAUGGUUGUUUUCACCUCGCCAAAAAAUUUCAAAACUCACACCGCCAAUUUUAAAAGUUAAUUUUCACGAAGCUGGGCGUGGUAUGAUUUGAGGAAAGUGUGAAAUUUUAUUGUUCCCACACCUCGGCCAAAAUCGUGGUUUCCGAAAUAAAACAUUGUACGCUAACUUUUAACAGUACAAAAAAUGUGAAUUUUUCAAUUUUUGUCCUCUAAAAACUGAAAUUCAAAUUUUUCCAAAAAUUGUACUCUGAAAAAAAAAUUGUACAAUUGUACUCUGCCAGCCACGGCUUGGCCGAGGUGUGAUUGUUCCACUUUUUUUUAAACGCAAAACCUAAUUUUCUGUCGAUAUUUGCUGCUAGGAUAAAGCGAAAGUUAAUUUUUAUCCCAGCCCAUCUUCAAUUUUUCAAAAAAAAAUUCAAUAUUUUUUAUAGAAAUAUUUGAAUUCUUACCAAAAAAUCCAGUUUAUUUUUUUCAAAUAGAUAAACCACAUUUUAACAUUUUCAUUGUUUUCAUUUUAUAGUUGAUCGAAGAAGAAAUACGUGAACUGGAAUUCGAGCGAGCUGAAACAAAAUCGAAUGCUGACAAGAUUUUAGAAUUGCAGCAUUUGGUACAACUCAACAAAAAUGAGAAUCUUUCUUUAAAAAAGGAAGUGAAAAACCUUCAAAGUUUGCUGAAAUAUUCAGAAGAAAAUAGAGCGAAACUGGAAGAAAAGCUAAAAUCAGCACAAAUACAAUUGGAAAAGUUGGAAAAGAGUUUGGUAAGUUAACUUGAAAUUUGAAUAGUUUCAAAGCAUCGUAUGUUAUACAUAGUAUUUGUCGCAAAGUUAAAGGCUCCUCAAAAGUAGUAAAACAUCCAAGGGAUUGUUUCUGGAAACGGCCAGAAAAAUAUUCCAUAAACUAGGUACCACGUAAAUUAUUUAGGGCUGUAAAUAGUUCACACGAACACACCACACACGCGGCGAGGCAGCAGCGAACACACUUUCACACCAAACACACGAAUACACUAGACACCCGAAGACACUAUGCACCCGAAUACACUGCACACGAACACACUGUUUUUUCUUUUUUAAUUAAGGUUGAUUCUAGCGACUGAAAAAUCUUUUUAAAAUUUGUACAUUGAAAAAACGCCACUCAUUUUUUAGUGAAUUGAAAGUUUUGAAACAAAUCUUUUAUUGCCAAUAUUUUUCUUCAAAAUUGAAUUAUUUUAUAAGAUUUUUACUUUUUUGCAGAUUGAAAAACACAAAUUGUUUCGGGAGGCGAAUGGAAAUCCUACAAAAUCUAUACCAAAAUUGGAUCAACAAAAUAGAAAUGUUUUUGGAAGUGAUGAAAAUGUGGCGGCAGAUGAAAAAGGAGAAGAAAAUGCAGAAAAGAAAACCAAUAAUGGAAUUUCGGAAGAGUUGAAAAAUGAAUUGGCGAAUAAUUCGAAGGAAUUGAAAGGUAUGUUUUUUCUGGUACUCGAAAAUAACUUUAAAAAUUUAGUUAUUUUCGAGCUCUGGAGCUCGGAAAAGCAUAAUUUUGUUGAAAAAUUGAUUUUUCUGAAUCCUGGAGCUUGAAAAAUACAAAUGUUUUCCAAAUUUAGUUAUUUUCGAGCUCUGGAGCUCGGAAAAGCAUAAUUUUGUUGAAAAAUUGAUUUUUCUGAAUCCUGGAGCUUGAAAAAUACAAAUGUUUUCCAAAUUUAGUUAUUUUCGAGCCCUGGAGCUCGGAAAAGCAUAAUUUUGUUGAAAAAUUGAUUUUUCUGAAUCCUGGAGCUUGAAAAAUACAAAUGUUUUCCAAAUUUAGUUAUUCGGGAGGCGAAUGGAAAUCCUACAAAAUCUAUACCAAAAUUGGAUCAACAAAAUAGAAAUGUUUUUGGAAGUGAUGAAAAUGUGGCGGCAGAUGAAAAAGGAGAAGAAAAUGCAGAAAAGAAAACCAAUAAUGGAAUUUCGGAAGAGUUGAAAAAUGAAUUGGCGAAUAAUUCGAAGGUAUUGAAAGGUAUGUUUUUUCUGGUACUCGAAAAUAACUUUAAAAAUUUAGUUAUUUUCGAGCUCUGGAGCUCGGAAAAGCAUAAUUUUGUUGAAAAAUUGAUUUUUCUGAAUCCUGGAGCUUGAAAAAUACAAAUGUUUUCCAAAUUUAGUUAUUUUCGAGCUCUGGAGCUCGGAAAAGCAUAAUUUUGUUGAAAAAUUGAUUUUUCUGAAUCCUGGAGCUUGAAAAAUACAAAUGUUUUCCAAAUUUAGUUAUCCGGGAGGCGAAUGGAAAUCCUACAAAAUCUAUACCAAAAUUGGAUCAACAAAAUAGAAAUGUUUUUGGAAGUGAUGAAAAUGUGGCGGCAGAUGAAAAAGGAGAAGAAAAUGCAGAAAAGAAAACGAAUAAUGGAAUUUCGGAAGAGUUGAAAAAUGAAUUGGCGAAUAAUUCGAAGGUAUUGAAAGGUAUGUUUUUUCUGGUACUCGAAAAUAACUUUAAAAAUUUAGUUAUUUUCGAGCCCUGGAGCUCGGAAAAGCAUAAUUUUGUUGAAAAAUUGAUUUUUCUGAAUCCUGGAGCUUGAAAAAUACAAAUGUUUUCCAAAUUUAGUUAUUUUCGAGCUCUGGAGCUCGGAAAAGCAUAAUUUUGUUGAAAAAUUGAUUUUUCUGAAUCCUGGAGCUUGAAAAAUACAAAUGUUUUCCAAAUUUAGUUAUUUUCGAGCCCUGGAGCUCGGAAAAGCAUAAUUUUGUUGAAAAAUUGAUUUUUCUGAAUCCUGGAGCUUGAAAAAUACAAAUGUUUUCCAAAUUUAGUUAUUUUCGAGCUCUGGAGCUCGGAAAAGCAUAAUUUUGUUGAAAAAUUGAUUUUUCUGAAUCCUGGAGCUUGAAAAAUACAAAUGUUUUCCAAAUUUAGUUAUUUUCGAGCUCUGGAGCUCGGAAAAGCAUAAUUUUGUUGAAAAAUUGAUUUUUCUGAAUCCUGGAGCUUGAAAAAUACAAAUGUUUUCCAAAUUUAGUUAUUUUCGAGCCCUGGAGCUCGGAAAAGCAUAAUUUUGUUGAAAAAUUGAUUUUUCUGAAUCCUGGAGCUUGAAAAAUACAAAUGUUUUCCAAAUUUAGUUAUUUUCGAGCUCUGGAGCUCGGAAAAGCAUAAUUUUGUUGAAAAAUUGAUUUUUCUGAAUCCUGGAGCUUGAAAAAUACAAAUGUUUUCCAAAUUUAGUUAUUUUCGAGCUCUGGAGCUCGGAAAAGCAUAAUUUUGUUGAAAAAUUGAUUUUUCUGAAUCCUGGAGCUUGAAAAAUACAAAUGUUUUCCAAAUUUAAUUAUUUUCGAGCCCUGGAGCUCGGAAAAGCAUAAUUUUGUUGAAAAAUUGAUUUUUCUGAAUCCUGGAGCUUGAAAAAUACAAAUGUUUUCCAAAUUUAAUUAUUUUCGAGCUCUGGAGCUCGGAAAAUCAUAAUUUUGUUGAACAACGUUAAUUAUCCGCACAAGCUCAGAUUCUUAUCAAAACGUCCCAAACUUGUUACCGUGAUUAUAAUUAUUUAGUUUCACCUAUUUUAAAGUAAAUAAUCAAAGUCUCAUAGUGAUUUUUCAUGUUUGAGUCAAGGUAGAGGGGUUGUUCGUGACAGUAUGAAACGCAAAAACAAGAUUUUUUACACGCUUCUUUUUUCCAAGUGAUUUUCAUACUUCGCGGGGUAAAUUUGAAACAAUUUCAGAAUUUUAGAAUCAUAGCAGAAUUUUUUAAAUGUUUUUUGGGUAUUAAAUAAUAAAUUCAUCGAGAUUUUACUCUCUGAAAAAAAGCCGUCAGCCUCGUCAUUUCUCUCCGCAUUCAUCGUAUUUUUUAGCCCAAAAAAUGGAAAUGAUCGUAAACCUCAGAAAAUAUGCCAAAACCGGAGAAUCCCCAGAGAAAGUGAGUUCGAAAUGAGUUAUUUCAUAUUCGUGAUGUUUGUGAAUAUACAAUUUUGCAGCUCGAUUUAUUGCUGGCAAUUUCACCAACACUCAAUUAUAAACAUCGACCAUGUCUAUCCCAAAAUGCUUUUGGGAAAACAUUUGGAAAAGAAGCAGCAGUGAGUUAAACCCAAUCAAACUGGAUUCGAAGCACCAUAAUAUUUUUUAGUUGAUUUCUUAUGAUCUGUUCUGGAUAUUCGAGAACGAAUUCUUAAGAACUAAUUUAAUGAUCCUUGUGAAGAUCAAAUAUGCACAUAUCACCAAUAAAUUGAUGGAAAGUGUUAGAAUAUCAUUCAACAAAUCUCCGCAAUCCACAGUGUCAUGUUUUGAAGAGAUGACGGAAGAAUGGCCAGUCCGAGAAGUGGACGAAAAGAAAAACAUAAAGAAGAAUACCUUCUACACACAGGUGAGUAUACACAAAAACACGAGAAUGUAUUAUUUUUCGAAUUUAUUUUUUUACAGAAGUUUCAAGAAAUCGAACAACACGAGGUUGUUAAGUUUUUGAAGAAUAUUAAAGUUGAUGAGCAUUCCAUCGCUCGCUAUAUUCUGAACUUAAGAGAACCUUCUGAUGCAGAAAUUGAAUUUUUCCGGUGAGUUUCCGUCUAGAUCUCAAGGUCUCAUUUGGAAAAACAAACAUUUCACGAUUUAUUCAUAUUUUAAUUCGUUUAAGAGAGCUCGCCGCUAAAAACACGCACUGCCAUCGUUGGAAUGAGGAAAAAGUGGCGGAAAAAGUGAAGGAAUACGUCAAAAGAAGAAUGAAUUGA